UUUUUUUUUGGCCAUAGGUGCUUAUCACAGGAAUUUCAAGGGGUUUGGGUGAUUCCUUGGGGAUGCUAAUUUUAUCGGAGGGUUGUUUCUUUCACGACGGGAGGAAACUGGUUGGUCCUGCUUUCAGCGCUGAGUGUUUUGUACUCUGAGUCAUGCUGUACAGCCCAACCUACUUGAUCUAAAUAAAUUUGCAAAUGCCACAUUUUUCAGAUGAGCACGUAGCGAAAGGACUGUGGGUAAUAAGUCCUGCUCGAACCUGCAAAAAUAGGGCAAUUCCGGGCUGGGGCUAAAGCACACGGAGGCUGUGAAACGUGUGCUUUUGAGGCGCCUGUGUGCGAGGGCUCUCUCUGUGCUUGCUAAGUUAGUUCCUUUUCGCGUGGGGAAGGGAUUACCUUGCAUAACGUGAAGUUUCAGUUCAAAUAGCUUCUUGACAGUUCUGAUCAUCUGAGAGACUGCUGUUCUCACUCUCCAGCUAAACUGCAAGGUUUUGUCAUUUCUAUUGCACGUGACGAGAUCAGAUGGCGCGCUGCUGCGUUUCUGUAUUUCGCGUGUUAGGCGUUUCAGGAGAAAUGUGAAUUUCAUACAGAAGUUCAGACAGUCCUAUGCUUAUGCUCACUGGUGCGUGGGUGUUGGCUAAAUCCAGUGGGAGAUGAAUAAGAAGAUCUGCGUAUGAGUUUACAAGAUCUUUAGCUGUAACUUUUUAUGCUUGGUUCUUUAUAUUUUGACUGGUGGAUGAAAUGCUUGUGUUAGGAUUCGUCUGUUUCCGCACUCCUUACCUGCCAGAGUUCUGUGAGGAAACACCCGCCCACAAACAUCCCGUGUUUUGCCUGCCUUUGUUUCAUAUUGUUUCUUACUUUCCUGUUCCUUUGUUCUACGUUGGCCAGUAAAGAUUGAAUUCAGCUCAAUUCUUACUUGGCUCAAUUAAACAGAUGGUUAGUAAUGAUUUUGAAGGCAUCUUGUUUGUUUCCUUACCUCACCCUUUCAACAAUUGUUUUGUGAUAUACUGCCUUAGCGUGGUUUACCAGGGAAGGAUCAUGCCAUUGGUUUUGGUUUUAAGAACAGAAGAUGGAAUUAUGUGUGGGAGAUGACAGGGAAAGAGUUAACCUAAUAACAGGAGAGACAAGGAUAAAAAAAAAACCCCAAUCUGAAAGAGUAAUUGAAGGCAGCAUGUCAAGGAUUUGGCAGGAAAGGGAUGAGGGAGGAUUGCCCCCUCCCAGCCAACUUGUUUUACUGUUAGUGUGGUACCAUUGGCGAGAACAACAAUUAUUCGAUUUAGUAAACUAAAAAAGGGAAAAAUGCAGUUUGUCUAUAUUCCUACCCUGCUUCCAGGACAAAACUGCAGUCCAGGUUCUUUCUUAGACUUGUUCCCUUGAUACAGAAUGAUGAGGGAUUGGGGUAAUCUGGAAAAAGGAAAAAAAUUUGAAACUACUCUUGCUUUGGGACCAGAGCUAGUUCUUUCCCAGUACUCUCCAGAGCCAGCUUUCGGAGGGUUUUGGCUCAGCACCCUAGAAGCAGCGUGCCGAGCUCCUGGACCACAGCUGUCUCUCUUAUUCACAUUGAUGUGGUGCUUUAAUGAUGGAGCUAAAUCGGAUUACAGAGAUCUAGCUCUGUCCCUCAUCCCGUGGCAGGGAUCUUUGAUCCAUCUCCAGGAAUCCUUUGAGGGUGCAUCACCAGGAAAACAAAAAGAAAUCCAGGAAGCAGAUCCUACGUAUGAAGAGAAAAUGCAAACAGACAGAGCAAACAGAUUUGAGUAUCUGUUGAAGCAGACUGAGCUGUUUGCUCAUUUCAUUCAGCCUGCUGCUCAGAAAACUCCAACUUCACCUUUGAAAAUGAAGCCUGGACGUCCACGAAUAAAGAAGGAUGAGAAACAGAAUUUACUGUCAGUUGGCGACUACCGCCAUCGUAGAACAGAGCAGGAAGAAGAUGAGGAGCUAUUAACGGAAAGCUCCAAGGCAACUAAUGUCUGCACUCGAUUUGAAGAAUCUCCAUCAUAUGUUAAAUGGGGAAAGCUGCGUGAUUAUCAGGUCCGAGGACUGAACUGGCUCAUCUCUUUGUAUGAAAAUGGCAUCAAUGGCAUCCUAGCAGAUGAAAUGGGUCUUGGGAAGACACUGCAAACAAUUUCUCUUCUUGGAUAUAUGAAACACUACAGAAAUAUUCCUGGUCCUCACAUGGUGUUAGUUCCUAAGUCCACUCUACAUAACUGGAUGAACGAAUUCAAGAGAUGGGUACCUACACUUCGAGCAGUUUGUUUGAUAGGUGACAAAGACCAGCGAGCUGCCUUUGUCAGAGAUGUGUUGCUGCCUGGAGAAUGGGAUGUCUGCGUAACAUCAUAUGAAAUGCUCAUCAAAGAGAAAUCAGUAUUCAAAAAGUUUAACUGGAGAUAUCUAGUUAUAGAUGAAGCCCACAGAAUUAAAAAUGAAAAAUCAAAGUUAUCAGAAAUCGUGAGGGAGUUCAAGACUACAAAUCGGCUGCUAUUAACUGGAACUCCACUUCAGAACAACUUACAUGAACUCUGGGCACUUCUUAACUUCCUUUUGCCAGAUGUGUUUAACUCAUCUGAAGACUUUGAUUCAUGGUUUGAUACAAACAACUGUCUAGGGGAUCAAAAGUUGGUGGAACGUCUCCAUAUGGUGCUACGACCAUUCCUUCUACGUCGCAUUAAGGCUGACGUAGAGAAAAGUUUGCCUCCAAAGAAGGAAGUUAAAAUUUAUGUGGGUCUCAGCAAAAUGCAACGAGAAUGGUAUACACGAAUCUUAAUGAAGGAUAUAGAUAUAUUGAAUUCAGCUGGGAAGCUGGACAAAAUGAGACUGUUGAAUAUCCUCAUGCAGUUGCGAAAAUGUUGCAAUCACCCGUACCUCUUUGAUGGAGCAGAACCUGGUCCACCUUACACAACAGAUAUGCAUUUGGUCACCAACAGUGGCAAAAUGGUAGUAUUGGACAAAUUGCUACCUAAGUUGAAAGAACAAGGUUCAAGAGUCUUAAUCUUCAGUCAGAUGACCAGAGUCCUAGACAUCUUGGAAGAUUACUGUAUGUGGCGAAAUUAUGAAUAUUGUAGACUAGAUGGACAAACACCACACGAUGAGAGACAGGCAUCUAUUAAUGCAUAUAAUGAACCUGGUAGCUCAAAAUUUGUGUUCAUGUUGAGUACACGGGCAGGAGGUCUUGGAAUCAAUUUAGCUACUGCUGAUGUUGUCAUUCUGUAUGAUUCAGAUUGGAAUCCACAAGUAGAUCUUCAAGCUAUGGAUCGAGCGCACAGAAUUGGCCAAACAAAGACUGUUCGAGUGUUCAGGUUUAUCACAGACAAUACAGUGGAAGAAAGAAUAGUGGAACGUGCAGAAAUGAAACUCCGGCUAGAUUCCAUCGUCAUUCAGCAAGGAAGACUGGUGGAUCAAAACCUGAAUAAACUUGGGAAGGAUGAAAUGCUGCAAAUGAUUAGACAUGGAGCGACACAUGUGUUUGCCUCAAAGGAGAGUGAGAUUACAGAUGAAGAUAUUGAUCACAUUUUGGAAAGAGGUGCAAAGAAGACUGCGGAAAUGAAUGAAAAACUUUCAAAGAUGGGUGAAAGCUCACUCAGGAAUUUCACAAUGGAUACGGAGUCCAGUGUGUAUAAUUUUGAAGGGGAAGACUACAGAGAAAAACAGAAGAUGGCAUUUACAGAGUGGAUUGAACCACCUAAACGAGAAAGAAAAGCCAAUUAUGCUGUGGAUGCUUACUUCAGAGAGGCUCUUCGAGUCAGUGAGCCAAAAGCACCCAAGGCACCACGGCCUCCAAAACAGCCAAACGUACAGGACUUUCAGUUCUUUCCUCCACGCCUGUUUGAACUAUUGGAAAAAGAGAUUCUCUACUACAGGAAAACAAUUGGGUACAAGGUACCUCGUAACCCUGAUCUGCCAAACGCAGCCCAAGCACAAAAGGAAGAGCAGCUUAAGAUUGAUGAGGCUGAACCACUUAAUGAUGAAGAACUAGAAGAAAAAGAGAAACUUCUAACCCAGGGAUUCACUAACUGGAAUAAGAGAGAUUUUAACCAGUUCAUCAAAGCUAAUGAGAAGUGGGGCCGUGAUGACAUUGAAAAUAUAGCACGAGAAGUAGAAGGAAAAACCCCAGAGGAAGUCAUUGAGUACUCAGCUGUGUUCUGGGAAAGAUGCAAUGAACUCCAAGACAUAGAGAAGAUCAUGGCUCAGAUAGAAAGAGGAGAAGCCAGAAUUCAGCGACGAAUCAGCAUUAAAAAAGCGCUUGAUACAAAGAUUGGCAGAUAUAAAGCCCCUUUCCACCAGCUAAGAAUAUCAUAUGGUACUAAUAAAGGGAAGAAUUACACUGAAGAGGAGGAUCGCUUUCUAAUCUGUAUGCUUCACAAGCUAGGAUUUGAUAAAGAAAAUGUCUAUGAUGAAUUAAGACAGUGUAUCCGAAACUCCCCGCAAUUCAGAUUUGACUGGUUUCUCAAGUCCAGAACUGCAAUGGAGCUACAAAGGAGAUGCAAUACUUUAAUCACCCUGAUUGAAAGAGAAAACAUGGAACUGGAAGAAAAGGAAAAGGCAGAAAAGAAGAAACGUGGACCAAAACCAUCUUCGGCACAGAAGCGCAAAAUGGAUGGUACUCCUGAUGGUCGUGGAAGAAAAAAGAAGCUAAAGCUGUGAAUGCAGAAUUUUUGUAAUCACUAAAUUUAAAAAGUAGUUCUUUAAUUUACGGGUCUUCAUAAGAUGUACUGUAUAAUGCUCAACUAUUAUGUCAUUAAAGGACAUCGGGUUCAUCUGUUUACUGAACUAGAAACAUAGUACUUAAUGUAGUUUCACUUUUUUAAAUGCAACAGCUGUGCUGAAUUUUUUUUACCAUUAACACUUGAAGUAAUAAAUAGGCUUCAUUUAUUAA